UCUCUAUCUUGAGCGAAAAGAAAAACCAGGGAGAGCUCACAGAUUAAAGAGCGUUUCUCGAUCGAUCUGUGCAUUAGCCCUAGUUAUCGUCUCUCUCUCUCUCUGAUCGAAUCACCAUGACGAAGCAGCACGCAAACUGGUCUCCUUACGACAACAAUGGCGGAACUUGCGUUGCUAUCGCAGGUGGCGAUUACUGCGUGAUUGCGGCCGAUACACGAAUGUCGACUGGUUACAACAUUCUUACUCGCGAUUACUCCAAAAUCUGCAAACUAGCGGACAAAUCUGUGAUGGCUUCAUCUGGUUUCCAGGCUGACGUUAGAGCUUUGCAAAAGGUUUUGGCAGCCAGGCACUUGAUCUAUCAGCAUCAACACAACAAGCAGAUGAGCUGCCCUGCAAUGGCUCAAUUGCUCUCAAACACCCUCUACUACAAACGCUUCUUUCUUAUGGGGUCAUGUCGGUUCAAUGUCCUAGGUGGACUUGAUAAUGAAGGAAAGGGUUGUGUCUUCACAUAUGAUGCUGUUGGCUCCUAUGAGAGGGUUGGAUACAGUUCCCAAGGUUCUGGUUCCACCCUCAUCAUGCCCUUUUUGGACAACCAACUGAAGUCUCCAAGCCCUCUUUUAUUACCUGCUCAGGAUGCUGUUACACCACUGUCAGAACUAGAAGCAAUUGAUUUGGUGAAGACUUGUUUUGCAUCUGCAACAGAGAGGGAUAUAUACACUGGGGACAAGCUGGAAAUGGUCAUCUUGAAUGCUGAUGGUAUUCGCCGCGAGUUCAUGGAACUCAGGAAGGAUUGAUUUGGCGUAUGGGAUUAAGGAAUGCUUAGUAUGCAUGAAGAUGAUAAUUGUUGGGAAGGUUCUGUGUUCUCAAUGCUCAUCAAUUACCGUCUUUUGUUUUCCAGUUAAUCCAGUUUGAACCCGUAAUUUUUCCUGCUUAAUUGUAGUGCUGCAAUUAUGGGUUCUCUACCGGACAUGAAUUUAUGUAUUUGGAUCAGGUUUUCAGAUAUGCAAUUUACUUUUUAGUUGUUUGGAUAAAAAUAAAAUAAAAAAAUAUUUAAGACAUUAAAUUUAUCAUUUUUAAAAUCA